AUGCUCUCCGAAGCAGCAAGUACGCCGGAGCCCGCAGCAGCAGCAGCAGAAGCAGCAACAGGAGCAGCAGAAGCAGCAGGAGCAGCAGCAGCAACAGCAGCAUCCAAUGCCCUUAGCUGCUGCCCACAGCUGCCGGCCGCCUUUGUCCGCAGCUUGAGCAUAAUUAGCAGCAGCAGCCUGAGCAGCAGCACAAGCAGCAGCAGCAGCAGCAGCAGCAAGGUGCUGUGGCAGCAGCAGCAAGAUGCUGUUGCUGCUGCUGCAGUCUGCCACGAGUGCAUGCAGUUUGCUGCUGGAGACACAGAGCUGCAUGCGCUGCUGUGUCGGCUGUCUCUACAGCUCGGCCGCAUGCAGGAGGCCGAAGAGGCCCUCCGGACCAUCAGCAGCAGCAGCAGCAGCAGCAGCAGCAGCAGCACGGUUGCUGAGCUGCAGGUGCAUCUAAUAGCUGCUGCGCUGCAGCGCGGGCCCCACAGCCUGCAGGAUUUGGGGCUGCAUGCAGUGCGGCUGGCAAAGCAGCAAAGUGUCUCCUUUGCUGCAGUUGAGGGGGCUUUGCUGCUGCUGCGGCAGCGGGGGCUGCUGCAGCAGUGCGAAGAGGUUUGCUUCCAACUCAAGCAGCAGCAGCAGCAGCAGCAGCAGCAGCGGCAGCAGCAGGGGAGUCAUAGCAGCAGCAAGGCGAUGUUCGCAGCCUAUUGCGAACCCUAA